AUGGUUGACAAAAAGGGGGAUAACUCGUCAACAGCACAUGCUCCCUACACCACGAUUGACUGUCACAACUAUAAUAAUCUCACAGCUGAAAGUGUGGAGCGUAUUCGGCGGUUUAUGGUUCGGCUCGAACCUGGGACCGUGAAAUCUGUAGAUCGCAUCAUUGGUAUAAACUUGGGCAUUCUAAAAAGUGCCGAUGUAAGCCUGAAAAGAACGUUAAAAGAAGUGGAACACUUAGAGGAAGAUAUCUCUGUGUUGGGACAGAUAAACGAUUUAGUUUCGACAUUAAGUUGUCAGCAUGAGACGCUUGAUGAAGCACUCGAAGACUUGUUGAACACUGUUAACAAACAGUUGGCUGAAAAACAAAGUGGAGACUCGCAUUUACUGAGCAUUGAACUAGCAGUUACAGUACAGGAGGGAGUGGACACCAUAUGCAUCAUCUUUCCGACCCCAGAGAAAAAGUUAUCUUGGGAAGCUGCUUUUAACGAAGCCAAGCAAAAAUUAGCACUGUCAAUCGAUAGAAGGCCGCCACCAGAGUUUCUCUAUCCCGUUCCAAUUCGCAAGACUAGGGCAGGGCUGCAGUUCACUUGCGCGGCACCGACAUUAGGCCUAAACCAUUUUGGGUUGAAGGAUGUUUGGGUAUGUAACAGUGACGGCUACGUUGGACAGGUAUGCAUACUUAGUCUCCAGCCAGAGCCCACAGUGACGUCAUGUAAUGGUGUGUGUAAUGCCAGAAUCUUGUGCAUAGCAUCAAUACCAGCGGCCAAUCCUAUGUAUGUCACUAAUAGAAGAAAAUCCGUCUUCGUCGAGCAUAAUGCUAUAGUUAGUAUUGACAAUGAUGAUGCUGAGAAGGAGAAUGAACAGCAUGCUAACAAUGGAAACUUUCAACUUGACAGUGAUUCUAGUGAUGAAGAUGAGGAAGUAGGUGAAUCCCAAGAAGAAGAUCCAGUCACGAAGCAAAUUUCUUCAACAGGAAAUCCAGUAGUGAAAGAAGAAGUCAAAGAGGAGAUAGACAACCAGCAACCUACUGUGUGGUUAGGGACAGAGGAUGGUUGUAUUCAUAUUUACAACUGUAAAGACAACAUCCGCAUCAAGAAAAACAAGAUCAAAAUCCAACAUACUGCUGCUACCCAGUGCAUCAUUUAUUUCGACAACAGAGUGUUUUUGUCUUUGGCCAAUGGUGAAUUAUAUGUGUACAGACGGAGUGCAAAGGGAGGUUGGAACAUCAGUGAGCCUCAGCGCGUCCAAAUUGGAAGCGUCUCAGCCUCUGUGUCUCGAAUGCUGGCAGUAGCUGGAAAACUCUGGUGUGGGUGUCAGAAUAACAUCAAAAUUCUCAACACCAACUCAUUGGAAGAAGAGCACUGUUUACAAGUGAGUAGCGACACUUCUCGAGCAGUACUUUGUUUGGUGACGUCAGGGUUGGGUGUGUGGGUUGCCAUUGAGCACAGUGCAGUCCUCAGACUCUUCCACGCAACAAGCUACGAAAAUCUUCUGGAUGUGAACGUGGCUCCAGCUGUCACAAAGAUGCUAGCCGGUUGUGACGACAUUAUUCGUCAACAUAAGGCAGCUUGUCUUCGCGUCACGGCUCUUCUGGCCUGUAAAGACCUGCUGUGGGUUGGGACAAGUGCGGGGGUCAUCUUGUCUCUACCUCUUCCUCACCUGACCUCAUCUACCUCACGGCUAGACAACGUUCCAAACGUUUCUGGGAUUCCACAUGGACACACCGGUCACGUGCGCUUCUUGACGUGCGUGGAGAUGACACCAGGUGCUUCAAUGGAUGCCUCUGGAUGUGCCAAAUACAUACAUCGCUCAAUCCGCAGUAAGGAGGGUGCAGCAUCUCGUCGGAUGUCCUCCACCACAUCCACAGGGUGUCGUCUACUUGUGAUAAGUGGGGGCGAUGGUUAUGAGGACUUUUGUCACUCUGGACUAAGCGAAACGGCGGGGCGUGAUGACAGUACCAAUCACUUACUCUUGUGGCAGGUGUAGAUUGUAACUACAGGGAAAAGCUGUGCCUUGGUUUUAGUUGAACUGCGUACUGAUAUAUCUAGAUAGUGGGUUUGCCACUCGUUCUUGUGCCCAGACACAAUCGAAACAGUUGGUCGCAAAUAUAAACUUUUUGUGAGUGCGUGACGACUGUUUCAAGCUCCAUAAUUUUGCCAUAUACCCAAUGAAUGGUCAGUUAUUUUAAAACAAUGAAAUGCGUUGUCAUCUGAAGAGAAACUAAUUUUAAUGCUCGUGUUGUCUUCGAAGUGUGAGUGUUUCCUAUUGGAAUUCAUAAACUCACAGAGUGGUUUGGAUAAUGAUAACAUAUUACUACAAAAACAACCUAGCUAUAUUCUUAAUGAAUGCUUUGGUUGUGUUUCUAAUAUAUGAUCAAGGAACCAUUUCUUAACUUCAAUAUUUUUAUCCUCCCUUGUACACUUCACUUGUUUUUGGUAAGGAAAAUGGAACAGUUCGUAACAACUUUCAUAAAUGUAUAUCACAACUUUGCUUCUUAACAAUUUCGAACAUUUGUAAGGAAAGUUGGUGGUUGCUGUUUGACAGUAUUCUGAUAAGUAUUGCAAUGAAAUGUUGGCAAUGUUAGUCAAAAUCAAUUCCAGAGUUAAAAAAAAACAUUUCAAUUUAUUUAGCUGCUUGUAACCUGAGGUUAGGUCUCGAUAGGCAAUAUAGUCGAAAAGGUUAAGAAGCUGUAAUUAUAAGUUCAACACGUCAACUCUUUUAAGAGAUGUUUGUUUUGUCAAAGAAGCAAACAUUUUCCUAGCGUUAACCUUUUCUUUCUCUAAAAUAUUCGUAAGCAAACCGUCUUUUUCUCAUUUAAAUGAUCAGCAAUUUUCACUAGUCAUAAAUUUCUCUGAAGAUGAUCAAUACUUGUUUAGUUAUAGUAUUUAAGAAGAAACAGUUAGUUAGCCUAAAGUACGAAGCAAUAUGUAUGUAAUAUAUAUAUAUAUAUUAGGGUUAUACGUAUCAUUGACCUUUCUGUUAAAGUAACGAGUACGAAGCCAUCAUUCUGGUGAAACGUUGUUCUGAAAAGAGGCUGAGUGAUUGAAAAGAAACUGCAACUUCUCGCAGUAAUUGAUAAUUUUUGUGAUUCAAAUGAUUCGUAAAACGUAUAAUUUUUAGAUGAAGUCGCAUCUCAUUUUUCACAGUUUUUGUUUAAUUUCAAGUUCUUAUGAGUUUGGUUUAUUUAUGCUUAGAAAGACCCUCGUUAGGUUUCCAAUAUUUUUUUACCUGUUUUGAAAAUGUCGUAAAGGAAAAUUCUAGACUUUUAAAGCAGGUGACAAUGUCGUUACGUAAUGUAUUUUACGUUACUUAGAAAUACUAAACCGGUGAAGAAAAGUUGUUGAUAGAUGUUUGUUACUUUCAAUUGCUCUUAUGGUUGAACUUUGAGAAAUGCUCCCAUAAUAUAGUAAAAAGUAAUCUAUAACUUAAUGUGAUAUUAUCAGGAAUAUCAUAUUUAACAAUAUUUCGAUUAUAAAUGUGUGGUGAAACCGAGAUAGCAAAGCACUAUAUUUAUAUGAAAUUUUAUACGAAGGUAAACCACCAACUCUUUAUACGGAGAUAAACCUGAGAAUUACAUAACCAACUUUAGAUGAAGAGAAAUGAUAAUUUGUUUCUGACGGCGAUCAUUUGGCUGAAAUGUUAAUCAGACCUACUCCUUCCAAUAUUUCUAAAAAAAUUUAUUUUUUUAUUUUGAGAUUUUCCCCACUCCAUAGUUCCGUUUGUUUUUAACAAUCAACAAUAAGUUAGGCUUAGAGAAGACACAAUGUUAGGCUUAGAGAUGGACACGAUGUUAGGCUUAGAGAUGGACACGAUGUUAGGCUUAGAGAUGGAAACAAUGUUAGUCUUAGAGAUGGACACAAUGUUAAGCUUAAAGAUGGAUACGAUGUUAGGCUUAGAGAUGGACAGGAUGGUAAACAAUCAUUGAACGUGUUUUUUAGAUACUGAAAAAUUAACAUUACAGCUGCUGUAUCUCAUUCUAUAUUCUCUUUAUAUAUAUAUAUAGAGAGAGAGAGAGAAAGAGAGAUAGAAUAUAUAAAUAUUUUAGUUUCUGGACUUCAAGUAACAAACAUUUUCACUGACUUGAUCUUGGAAAUCAAACAACCUCGUUGAAGUUGUAUUGAAAUGACAGGUUAAUAUGAAAUAGUGACCAUUGGUUUCUUAUGAAAAUAAAGAAUAAACAUGAUUCUAAUAGAAAGUUUUGUAAGUUAUCAAAGUUUAGAAUGUAACCACUUCAAGAAUCCAAUAUUUUAUAUAAAAAGUAGAACCACUGUUCCGAGAUUUCUUUUAAUAACCUUGUUCCUUGCAGUAUUUUAAUAUUUUUUUAACAACAAAUAAUUUUAUUGGAAAACUAUUCAUACAAAGACAACAAAUAGUGCGGGACAGCCUACCGUAGUAGACACGUUGUUUAUGACUAAGUUCGUGUAUAUUUAUAGGGUGACCCAAAAGCUAGUUACUCUAAAGCAGUAUACUAAUUCCUUGAAAAUUUUAUCUGUUUCAGAUUAAUAUACAAGUGUAUGUGAACAGUGCUUAAGUAUGAUUCUCAGAAUGAUAAAGAACCAACGAGUCUUGUUGCUGGAAGUCAUAUGUUGUCCACACAGAAGAAAAGGCCUAAGUGUUAGACAACAAAGUUUCGGACUCUUCUGAAUAUAUACUGUUAUCUUACUUCUUUCUGUGUGUUUAUUGUUAUGUUUAACUUCAGUAACCGGCUAACAGAACUUUGAGAAGACGAUAGCAAAUUGUUAGUUUCCCUUAAAAAAUAUAAGAAUAAUAAUUCCAAUGUUUGUAUUAUUUUGUCGAUUAAUUUUCAAUAAGUAAUUACAGUUUAUUAAACAAUAGCCUCGCUGGGUUGUAAUUUGGAAAGAACAUGCAGAAGUACAUUAUAUGAGUUAUAGCGCAAAGGUUUGUCUUCGCUCUAACGUUUGAUCAGUUUAUAGUAGACAGACGUGUUAAAAAAAGUAAGUUUUUAUUUGUAUGUGUUAUGUCAAAGCCAUAGGGCUUUCUGCUGUGUCCACCAUGGGGAAUCGAACCCUGGAUAUUAGCGAUGUAAGUGCGUAGACUAAACGUUGUCCCACCGGGGGACCAUACAAAUUAAGAGCAAAAUAAACAUGAACCUCUCAAAAUUGAUUUAUCUGCUGAAUUAAGACUAGCUAUCAGGUUUACAUAUAAAGCAAUAUAGAUUUGUGUUUCGAUUUCUGUCGCCAUAUUUAGCUAACGAAAUGCUGAUAUAAAUUGACAGUAGGUCUAUGUUUAUUAGGCGUGCAUUUUUUGCAGGAAUUAUUUCAAUAAAUGUUAAAAGUACAUAAGCUAAAAAUAAAUUUUCACUUGACAACACCAGCACGACAUUUUAUAUAAGGUGAGGUUGAUACAACAGUAGAGAUGUGCAAAUAGUGAAACAAGCGUGUCGUUGAGACGUCAUGUGCGUGAACAAAGAUCUAUUUAAAGUCUAUGUAUUCUUGAAACUAUACAAGAAAUGUGUCACGGUAAUGCUUCUACAUUACUAUGAAAACUUUUUGGUAUAUAUUUAUAGCAAAGUUAUGAAGUUUUCUAAAGUUAUCUCUUUCGGCUACAAUAUUUGAGGUAAUUUAUUAGAUAUCAGUACAUAAUUAAACCUUGCCUAGUUUAAUAUUUAUUACACCUUUUCUUAGAUUAUUUUUGUCAGCGUUAAACGGAGCUUUAAAAUGUUUUACUUAGUACAUACAAAAUGUUUAUGUCUUCACCUUGAUUUGCACAUUCUUAUGCCUGUUCUCGUUGUAUGCACUGUUUUGCUUUAGAGGUUAAGAAGUUUUGUUGUUACUCACGUUGUCUUCACAAGAAAGGUCUGUCACUAAAGUAUCAAGUUUUUCUAAUGCAGUGAUUUGUAUUGAAUAUCAUGAUAAACACGGAACCGUCAAGGUAAACUUGAGUAGCCUAGUAUCUUGUGUGAUUGUUUCUAAUGCAGUUAAUUGCAUUAAAUAUCAUGAUAAACAAGAACCAUUAAGGUAAACUUGAGUAGCCUAGUAUAUUGUGUGAUUGUUUCUAAUGCAGUUAAUUGCAUUAAAUAUCAUGAUAAACAAGAACCAUUAAGGUAAACUUGAGUAGCCUAGUAUCUUGUGUGAUUGUUUCUAAUGCAGUUAAUUGCAUUAAAUAUCAUGAUAAACAAGAACCAUUAAGGUAAACUUGAGUAUCCUAGUAUCUUGUGUGAUUCAAAUUCUGCAUUACUUUAUAAAUUCUUGUAACUAACGUUAUAUUGUAAUGAAGAAUGGGGCGAGACAAAUACAGAUAAAAAAACGUGUAUAGAAUUAGAAAGUGCCUGUCAUCUGGUACUAAAAGAUAUGUUCUACAAGAUAUUUGAAAUGAAUACAAUAUACUAAAUUCAUGGAAUAAUUAAGACUAAAUGACUAAUUGCAAUUUGUUUGUUUUUGUGGCUUACGUAGAUUUUUAUCCAAUCACAAGUUAGUGUUGUGUAAUUCUGUGAAAAAUAUCCACUGUUAUGUAUCUCCAACCAAUUACAAGUUAGUGUUGUGUAAGUUUGUGAAAAAUAAUCACUGUUAUGUAUCUCCAUCCAAUCACAAGUUAGUGUUGUGUGAUCUGUGAAAAAUAUUCACUGUUAUGUAUCUCCAUCCAAUCACAAUAUAUUUUUGUGCAUCUCCAUCUAAUCACAAGUUUAAUGUUGUGUAAGCCUGUGAAAAAGAAUCACUAUUAUGUAUUUCCAUCUAAUCACAAGUUAGUUUUGUGUAAUUCUUUGAAAAGUGAUCACCAUGACAUAUCUGUUAUCUCCAGCUUGUUGUUAAAUUUCACCAGAUUUUGAAAAGAAGAGAGAGCAGAGCUUUGAUAUGUAUCUUUCCCUGAAGUGUAUGGACGUAGUGUUGGAACAGUAUUAGUGUAUAUUUAUCAAUAUAAGGAGUACAGACACAUUUAAUGGCGUAGCUGUAUACAUCACAGAAUUGGCGAUACUGUGAAAUCCAUCCCAUUUUUGGGUGCCUUUGAAGGUGUCCUUAAAAAUUUGUUUUCUACAUACACCCUUAAUCGGCCUGUGCUUUACAGUUAUAAUGUCGUCACUUCUUGUAAAAAAUAGUGAUCAGAAAUAUAAAUGGUAAAUUUGUGUUCAAUAGUGAUGUGCCAUACACUUGCUGAUAACACUUCGUUACCCCUAUUAUGUAUAGAUACACCUAUAUAUAUAUAGUCUUUGUUAUUGACUUAUUGGAAGUGAACUUCUGUCUCGGGUUUCUAAAUUCAGUACUUUACAUGACAAAAGAAUGGUGGUUAAAACUGAUAAGGUUAUUUUCGCUAUAAAUAAACUACAA